GUGCUCCCAGUAAUGGUGCCGUCCAAGUGGCGUUGGAGAGCUUUUUGAAGACACAGGAGGGCCAGCAGUCGUCCCUGUGCUUGGUGGGUGUGGAAGAUCGUGUGCCUCCCACGGGGCCCUUGCGUUCGGCCUUCAUUCAUACCAGACUGCAGUACACCUUGACGCUGCUGCAACAGUCCCAGAAGGACAGCUCCAUGUGGCCCAUGGCGUGCGGCCGUGCCCUGCUGAUCGUAGAGCGUUUCGUUCACCGUGUUGUGCCAUGGAUCGUCAUGGAUCUUGCUGAAGUUGACACUGGAGGUAGCUCUCUGAUGUGGUCAUGGUGGUCGUUGAUCCUGUGCAUGUGCGCCACUUGGUCCUCUGUCCGUGAUGGGACUGGUCUGGUGCGUACUGGCCUCUUGGAUGGAGCUCCUGAAGUGCUCACUCGGUUGGAUGUUGUCCUGGUGCAGCAAGUCUCUAUUCCGUUGCUGAAGGUGGAUGAUGGUGCUAAGGUGUUGGUUCACUCACUGCAUACCUGGGAGGACUUCCUCAAACUGGUCGAUGCUUGCUACGGGUUUGAUGGUCCUGCACAUGGGGCCCAUGCCGUUGGUGUGCAAACCAUGGUAGCUGUUGACUCUAGUGCCCGUAUGGUGACCUUACACAAGGCUCCUGGAGGAUGUGAGUAUGUGAUCGGUGAUGCUGGCUGUCCCCAGGUGAUCGCUGGAGUGUGGUCCACGUGUAAUCAUGCUGCGGUGAAGAGUGCGGGAUUUUCAUGUCAGCCGUUUUCCCAGUUGGGUGAUCGGAAAGGAGGGGCAGACCCUUGUGCUAUGUCCCUUCCUAACAACCUUAGAGCUGCACCGUCUCAGCGUGUUCAUGGUUUGGUGCUUUCAUGCGCUGUCCCUGCAUGCAGAGAUCCGUUCAUCUCGCAACACCUUGAUAGGUUUGUUGACUGGUCUGGAGUUGUGAAGGAGAACAUCAACCUUGAGCUCUCUGCUAUUGGUCCAGUGCAACCGUUGAUGCAGAACCAAACACAGAUUGACGGGCAGUUUCUGGAGUUCACCCACCGUCAGUCUCAACAAGUUUCGAAUCCACAGGCCCUGAUGCAGGCUUUGGAAUCGCUGGAGAGCUGCCUUCCCGGCGCAUUCCGCCGCCUGAAGCUGCCAGCGGAGCGGCGAAAGUGGACGUCGCCGGAGGCCUUGCAGAGGAUUGUGGAGGCCAAGGCGGGCGACUGCAACGACUGCAACGACUCCGCGUACUCGUCCGACGCCUCGACGUCCACCACCCGUUCUGAAAGUUCCGAGGUGGACACUGGACACAGGCUGCGUCGUAAGAAGCUCCGGGGCAGCCUGCUGGACCGCUUGGCGGAGUUGAGUCGACGGGAGAAGUUUGGAGAGGAA